AUGUCCCCUUCAGCAACAACAGAACUCGGCCCUGCCAGCGGCCCUGACGUCCAACUCAAGCCCGAAGAGACGCCCACACACAAGGCUCCUCGCCAACAUGCCUCACACGAAGAGUACCAAUACCUCGAUUUGAUUCGUGACAUUCUAGAAGAGGGAGAGCAUCGUCCAGACAGAACCGGCACCGGCACAUACUCCAUCUUCGCUCCCAACCAACUCCGCUUCAGACUCUCCGACAAGGACACCGGAAGGUUGAUUCUACCUCUUCUCACCACAAAACGCGUCUUCCUCCGCGCCGUCAUCGCCGAGCUCCUAUGGUUCGUCGCUGGAAGCACCACUUCAACGCCCCUUACCGAACAAGGCAUCAAGAUCUGGGACGGCAACGGCUCGCGCGAAUACCUCGACUCAGUCGGCCUCUCACAUCGCGAAGUCGGUGACCUCGGCCCUGUCUACGGCUUCCAAUGGCGUCACUUUGGUGCUGAGUACAAGGAUGCAAAGACCGACUAUACCGGCCAAGGUGUCGAUCAACUGGCAGAGGUCGUGCAUAAACUGAAGAACAAUCCCUAUGACCGCCGCAUCAUCCUUUCAGCCUGGAAUCCUGCAGAUCUCAAGAAGAUGGCUCUACCACCUUGCCACAUGUUUGCUCAGUUCUACGUCUCGUUCCCCAAGGACGCCCCUACCAAGGCAGAUGGCUCAAAGCAAGGCACCCUACACUCGAUUUUAUAUCAAAGAUCUUGCGAUAUGGGUCUAGGUGUCCCCUUCAACAUCGCCAGUUAUGCUCUGCUCACUCACAUGCUAGCAAAGGUGUGCGAUCUGAUACCCGGCACUUUUACGCAUACCAUGGGUGAUGCGCACGUCUACUGCGAUCACGUCGAUGCUCUCAAGCUCCAAAUAGAGCGUGUACCAAAAGACUUCCCCGAACUGGUCAUCGAAAAGUCUGACAACGAACUCUCUAUCGAUGGCUGGAAAGUAGAGGAUUUCAAGGUUCUUGGCUAUGAUCCUCACAAGGGCAUUGCCAUGAAGAUGUCUGUAUAG